AUGGCCGGCCGGUUGAUUACGGCCAGCGCGGCCCUUUAUCUCGCGUUGUAUCUCCAUCUGGUUCUGCCGACGGAGUGCGAUUACGGCGUGCGUUACGGCGACAAAGCGAGGAGAUUGCAUCUAGCGGACGAUAUCGGGGAUUCGCCGCGUCCAAGACCGUUGAUCGUCGACCGACGGGAUUACGAUGAAACGUCGUCAUCGUCGUCGUCGUCGUCGCGCGCGCGCCGAGAAGCGCCGACGAAUCCAUCCCCGUCUCCUACGGAGUUUCCAAACAACAACCCAAACAUUACGACGAAGGUCAAUGCUUUAAACGACUCUCAUCAGCAACUGAUGGUACAUUGGGUCGGAGAAGGCUCCAAUGUAAUAAUAUGUCUAGCGAGAGAUAGCACGCCAGUGAUGCGCUUUCAGACUAGCAGAGUUACCUCCGCGACCCAUCCUAGCUCUGUGUACAUAAGUUACGAUUACGGUGAUACAUUUGAAAAUAAGACUGAAAUGUUUAAAGUCUCAGAAGAACCGAAUGCUCAAUAUGCGGUUGUGGACAAGUUCACCAAUCAUCCAAAGUAUUACGAACACUGCGUUUUCGUGGACAGUACGAAUAAUUUAAUCUUCAUCACGUCCGACAAUGGGAAGACAAUUAAGAGGAUCGCGGUGCCGUUUCAUCCAAACGAAGUCUCGUUUUACGAAUUGGAUCCACGAGUACUCGUGGCGCUCGACAAAGUUGACAUGUCGCGAAAGUUGUGGAUAUCAACCGAUCACGGACAAAUGUGGACGCCAAUUCAUCACUACGUGAAAGCCUUCUUUUGGUCCCCCUAUCGCACCUUGUUUGUGGAGCGCAUAGAGCCCACUGGUCACAACACGGUUUUGAAACUGGACAUGCAAAAUUUAGGAUACAUGUGGAUGCAAAGAUUGAGUAACCCGAUGAGAAUAAGAACGGCCAUUCGAAAAGAAUUCAUCGUUGUUAUUCAAAAUGUUGAGGAUUUUCAAAUUAGGGGAGACUACAUGUUUGCCACAAUGAAAAAUUCAAAGAACGGAUCGUCGGAACAUCUGGAUCUUUAUGUUUCCUACAAAGGUCAGCCGUUCGUUUUGGCUUACUUUAACACAGAACUUGACUGCAAAGAUUAUCACAUUGUGGACGUGUCGCACAAUCGACUUUUCAUCUCGGUGUCGCACAGCGAGACCACGGUCAAUCUUUACGUGUCGGAACUUAUAGACAACGAAAGAGCCAUAUUCACUUUGUCUCUGGACAACAUCCUAACAUUUUUCCCCAAUAGCACCUGGAAGGACAGCUGGUUGAAUGACGUGGCUGACGAAGCGUUUACGGAUCUGUACAAGGUAGAAGGUCUUAGAGGUAUAUACAUAGCGUCGCAAGUGAAAACCAUUCCGAAAUCAAGCUCAAUCGGACCGGAGCAUUUGAGAUCGUCAAUCACCUUUGAUCACGGUGUCACUUGGAACACCAUUAAGGCCCCGGAGACGAGUGUGAGCGGCCAUUACAUUAACUGUGGAAAAGACUGCAACUUGCAUCUAAGUCAGAGAUUCAGUCAAUUGUAUCCGGUGACGAGAUCCGUCACAAUUAUGAGCUCGAAAUCAGCGCCCGGAAUAAUAAUGGCAACCGGCGUGAUCGGACACAGUCUGAAGGGUCAUCCGGCAUUGUUUGUGUCGAGAGACGCGGGUCUAACGUGGAAAGAGGUGCUGAAGGAAUAUUACUUUUUCAACAUGGGCGAUCACGGAGGUUUGCUGGUCGCGGUGAAAUAUUUCAAAUCGCGCGGAGAGACCAGAAAUAUUUCGUAUUCGACGGACGAGGGUGAGACGUGGCAGACUUACGUCUUCAACGAGAAGAUGCUGCGUGUCUACGGUCUCAUGACGGAACCAGGCGAGAACACCACGGUAUUCACCAUGUUCGGAUCGGACAGCGGGAUGCAUCAGUGGCUUAUAAUCAAAGUGGAUCUGCGAAACGUGUUCGAGAGAGAAUGUACGGACGAUGAUUACAAAUUCUGGUCCCCGUCGAGUCCCGAUCAGCCGCAAAUGUCAUGUGUGUUGGGACGUAGAGAAACGUACAAGAGACGCGCGAUGAACGUCAAUUGUUAUCAGGGCAUUGAUUACAAUCGGCCGGUGAAAUGGGAAAAGUGCUUGUGCGACGUGAACGAUUACGAGUGCGCUUACGGUUUUGUGCGUUCCGACGGUCACUGUAUUCGCAACAAGACGCUCAUAGCCGAAUACGAUCCUUACGCCGUACCGGCCACAUGCAAGUCCGGCAAGUUUUACAAUCGCACGAAGGGUUACGUAAAGAUAACCGACGACGAGUGUACGGACGGUUAUGCGAGGAACUUCGAGCCGGACGAGAUACCCUGCCCGUUGAGCGAAAAACGGGAAUUCUUGUUGGUCGCUCAGCGAGAACAUAUAACGCGAAUAGAUCUGAUGAACGGAAUGACGGAAACGUUACCUGUGCACGAUUUGAAGAAUGUCAUCGCUAUCGAAUUCGACAUGAAGAACAACUGUUUGUACUGGGCGGAUAUUGUGAACGACACGAUCGGCAGACAAUGCUUCAAGGACGGUCUAAGUUAUCCCGAGAUUCUUGUCGAGACCGAGUUAAGUUCCAUCGAGGGUAUGGCCUUCGAUUGGGUGUCCAACGUUCUAUACUUCGUCGACGGUGUUAAGAUGAGAAUACAGAUAAUUCGAACGGAUAUGUCUCUUAUGGGCAGAAUGCGCAGAACGAUUUUGGGACCGAACAAUCUGCAGAAGCCGAGAGGCAUCGCGGUACAUCCUAUGAACGGAUACAUGUUCUGGACCGAUUGGGCGCCGGGCAACGCGUCGGUUUCUCGAGCCAAUCUGGACGGCACGGAAGUUAAACGAUUGUUCACCAAACCUACUGUCGAGUGGCCGAACGGAAUAACGAUCGAUCAUAUCGCCGAACGCAUCUACUGGGUGGACGCCAGAGCGGAUUACAUCGCCUCCUCGGAUUUCGACGGCAAGAAAUUCAAGAAGAUCAUCGCCAACGACAAUCGCGUGUCGCAUCCGUUCGCGGUCGCCGUGUUCAAGGAUAACAUGUACUGGGACGAUUGGAAGCAGUCGAUGAUAUUCGUCGCCAACAAGGAUCACGGUAUCGGGAUCAGCACGGUAGUCGGUUUCCAAAUUGCCGGUUUGAUGGACCUGAAGGUCUUCGCGCACAGCGUUCAGAUCGGCACGAACGAUUGCGCGACCAACAACACGUGCUCUCACAUCUGCUUGGGCGCGCCGAACAAAAGCCACGUGUGUCUCUGCCCGGACGGCAUGGAGAUGAUGGACAACAAAUGUCUAUGUCCGGGUGGUAGGAAACCGUUUGCCAAUUCCACGUGUCCGACCGUAGCCAAAACCUGUUCGGCCAAUCAGUUUGCUUGCAGCAACGGCGUGUGCAUACCCGAGUUCUGGAAGUGCGACGGCGACAACGAUUGCGGCGACAAUUCGGACGAGGUAAAUUGCAACCGUUCGACCUGCAGCCCCAACAACUUCGAGUGCGACGGCAACAAGUGCAUACCGAAGUACUGGGUGUGCGACAUGGAUCGCGAUUGUAAGGACAACAAGGACGAGAUGAAUUGCACGUACGUCAAAUGCACGGAUACGCAGUUUCAGUGCGACAACGGCCGUUGCAUCUCGCAUCGCUGGCACUGCGACGGCGAGGACGACUGUCGCGACGGUUCGGACGAGCGACAGUGCACGAACAAGGCCGUUCAGCCGAGCAGAUUUUCGUGUCGACCCGAAGAAUUCAGUUGCAAGGAAAAUCUAUGCAUACCGCCCGCGUGGAAGUGCGACGGCGAGUCGGACUGCGCCGACAACGCGGACGAAAAGAAUUGUACGAAUAUGGUGUGCGAGCCGUGGCAGUUCACGUGUCACAGCACCAAAGAAAAUGGAAAUCGAUGCAUCUACAAGUCGUGGGCCUGCGACGGCGACAGAGACUGUCCCGACGGUUCCGACGAGCUAAACUGCACCACCCGAACCACCGUUUUACCACCGCCUUUGGCAACUAUCGUACCUUCGAACAACACGUGCAACGAUUGGAUGUUUAUGUGCAAUAAUAAAAAAUGCGUGCCCUAUUGGUGGAAAUGCGACAGCGUGGACGACUGCGGCGACAAUUCCGACGAGUUUGGCUGCGGCACCGCUGAUAUAGACUCCACGUCUCCGAUAACGUAUCAGACGACGGAACAGCCGCGCAACUGUCGCGAGCACCAGUUCCAAUGCUACAACGGCGAUUGUAUCGAGAACGCGUGGGUGUGCGACGGUUCGAAGGAUUGUUUGGUCGGCGAAGACGAGCUUCACUGCGAGCACAGACACUUGUCGUGCCGCGAAGAAAAUCAGUUCAUGUGCCGUCAAGAUGGCUCGUGCGUAUCGUUGUCGAGCAUCUGCAACGGUAGCGAGGAAUGUCCGGAUGGUAGCGACGAACUUGGUUGUCAAGAUCACGAUGUGAGCCCGGUCGCAACUCCGUCGUGCUACGCGGGUCUCUUCCCGUGUGACGGGACGCGUUGCUUCCCGCUUGCGUCUUACUGCGACGGCAAUCAAGACUGUUUCGACGGUUUUGACGAGAACAACUGCGAGAAGAACAAAACACGUGUCUACCAGGUAUUGGUGAUGGGUGUGGACGAGCGUUCCAUCAACGAUACCAGUCUCUUUCUCUUCUGGUGGAUGCCAAUACCGUUGAACGUGACGUUUGAGUUUCUGCCGUCGAUCGCGCGGGCAAUACCGAACGCCAAGUGGCACAACGCCACCGAGUGGAUCGAAGAAACUGAGUAUCAAUUCAACAAUCUCGAACCGUACACGAAAUAUAACAUGACGGUUUACGUGAGGCUGAAGGGUAACGAGAACACCACGUAUCCGCCGGCAAAGUACUUGGUCGCGAUGACUAACGAGGGUGUGCCAUCCGAACCGGUGGAACUGAAAGUUACACAGAAGAACGGCACUCAAGUGGAGGUUACAUGGAAACCGCCGUUACAUCCGAACGGUGUUAUCGUAAGCUACGAGGGUUACGUCUCGCCGCCUAUACCGCCGCUGGAAUUUAUUCGGCCAACGACCGUGGCGGUUAUCGACAUGGCCUUCGAGGCGGGCAAGAGUUACAACUUCUGGAUCAUAGCGAAGAAUCGACAACACCAGUCGGUCUCGUCGAAAGUCGUUACCUUCGUAUUCGACGGUUCAGCUAACAUCGAUGAUAUCGAAGAUCUCGAAGUGAUGGAAAGUACCAAUCACUCCGUAACUCUGAGAUGGAAGAAGAUGAAGGACGUGGACGGAUAUCACAUCACACCCAAGGCGAUCCAUUUGCCGGGAGGAUCAUCCUAUCCGCUUCUUAAAACCUUCAUUACCAAUGACACCCAAAAGGAAAUAACAAACUUGGCGCCAGGCGUUACCUACACUUUCGAGGUGGGCGCGAUGAAGAAGACUUACGUCGGCAAAGUAACUACAAUAAUAGCUUCGACGACCGGCGUGCCGCUACCGACGAUAACCCAGUUCGACGCGCAACUGGUAAAGUCUCAGAGAACCACCGUGAAGCUCACGUGGGACCCGCCGAAGAGUAACAGAAAGAUAAAGUGGCAGUACGCUAUUUAUUACGCUACCAACUUAGUAGACUUCUUCAAAGAUCACAGGAUUCUUACUACCAAUCACACGGCUACGAUCAAGGACUUGGAGGCGUGCGAGUCUUAUCUCUUCUCCAUUGGCGUUUACGGUGAUUACGGAGCCGGACCUUUGCAUGCACCGAUCGCGGUCACGACGCAGUACAACAAACGCGCGCCUCCGAAGAGAUUGAGAGUGACACCGUUGCGAGACAGAAAUGACAGUAUAAUUGUCUCGUGGAGCGCGAGUUGUCCAAUAAUCGACGAGGCCAUCAGUUACACGAUCACCGUUGAGGAAAUGAUUUCCCACAAGCUGACGGUUGUGACGUUAAAGGCGACCAAUGAGACAGUUAUGAAGCACACGUUUCACUCGAUCAAGUACGGCGGAAAGUACAACAUUACGGUAGCUACCGAUGUCAACAAUGCCAUACCCAGUCAGCCGUUUAUCUUCACGGCGCCACCCAUCAAACCACCCCAUCAGCUCACCGUUGUGCACGAUAACACGGAAUGUUUGAUUUAUUGGCAAGAACCGGAUUUGCCGGAGAGCAUCCGGACCAAUGCCAGUUGGCGUUACGAAAUUCUGGUAAUCGAGGGUUCCAAAAUGAACGAGUCGCUCGCCAAAAUAAUAACUACCAAAGAUCCGCCGCCUUAUCACUACAAGGACGCGAAGAUGGACAAGAUUUAUACUUUUGCCGCGCGUCUGGUCACAGACGAAGGAUACCAAAGCCCAUUGAGCGAACCAUGGAGCGCGCGAAUAUCAGAAUUGCAACUCCCGGUUAUGAUAAACACGUCGAACAUACUGUCCAUUGCUAUACCAAUAUGUUUGAUCGUCGUGGCGCUUGGCGUAGUGCUGGCGUAUUUCGUCGUUCGACACAGGAGACUCUCGAACAGCUUUACCCAAUUCGCCAAUAGUCACUACGAUACGAGACGGGGACAAGCGACUUUCCCAGGCACGACCGACGGUUUGGAAGAAGAAGACAGCCCUGUGAUCCGAGGCUUCUCGGACGACGAGCCGCUGGUAAUCGCAUGAACGUCAUAUAAACAAUUACAAAGAAAAUUAUUUACAUGCUAGGAAAAAAAGAAAUGUGCCAAGACGCUACUAAAUAAUAUGAGUAAUUUUGAAUAUAGACAAAAAGCUUUAUGACAAGGAAGGAAAAGCUUUUGUGUGAGAGUAUCUCAGCACGGGGUGCUUACACAACAGUUUUUCGUGCAUAUUCAUACGAUACACGUUGUAGAAAUACGAAUAUACAUGUACAUCGUGAACGAUGAAGAAAUGACCUGCCGUGUGGUCGGGAUGUGAGAGAGAGAGAGAGAGAGGCAUCGUAAAAUUCUUCAAAAUAUGUACAAAAUUGAUUUAAGCAGCUACAAUUCGGCCAGUGUUAUCGUUUGCGAGAGAACAUAGAUGCCAGUCGGGGGGAAAAAAAAAAAUGACAAUUUGUACAUAUAGUAAAUAUUUUUUAUGGAUUGUCAAGAAACAUACUUUCGAGAUGUCACACAUUUUAUCGAUGCAUUUUUUAUAUUGUGUAUUUAUAUAACUCGUAUGCGCGCGCGAAGCGGGAAAAGGCGAAAACAACUUUUUUUUUUCUUUUUUUUUUUUUUUGUAUCAAGAUUCGAUGCGAAAGCAAGUAGUUUACGCGAGCAAAAUUUGGCGAGACAAACUUUUCAUUUAAAAAGUUGUUUCAAUAAACACAAACACACAGCAGAUGCCAUAAAAAAGUUUCUUUUUCGUAUACAGCAGCUUUCCAACCAAAGUAACGCUUUCUUCUUAAUGCCGCGUUUUGAAGAUUAUUAUCGGUUGAUUGACAAAAUACGGUAUAGAGGUUGCAAUUUAACAUCCGAAAGAGCCUCGCAGACAAUUUGUUUUCUUUCUCACGCAUUAAUAAUCGUCGAUAUAAUUGAUUGUCGCGUGUCUGCGAUAUCAAAUAUGUUGGAUUACAAUUUGAUCCGAAUAAAAUUUUUUGCGACAUUUUGUCGCGAAAUGUUUUGAAAUUUGAUGCUGCAUUGUGAAGGAAGUGUGGACGUAUAAGGGGAAAAAUAAAAAACGGGUUUUCUGCGAAAGAGAGAAUGACCGCAUCUUCGCGUGGAACAUGCUGCAAUUGCUACGAAGAGACACACUGACUAUUUUCUAAUAUAAAUUACAAUGCAUAUAGUUUAUAUAAUAAGCAUAUAAAUCGAGCGUGAAAGAAAGAAAAAUAAGAAUAUACGAUUUAAGUGUGUUAAUGCUAGGUGUAUGAAUUUUUUGUUUUUACGUUUAUAGAGGUACUAAUAGGAUAUUUUUGACGGAUACUUGUGCGCAUAAGCGAAACGUAAGAGAUUGCAUUUUUUUUAUAAAUAUUUCGCAAGUUUACAGAGAUGAUGUUUAGAUUUUGGCCGCAAUUUUGCAUUGUUUUUUAAAAAAAAACUGUAUAUUAUUUAUUUGAAUCAAAAAACGGGACGUUAAAUAGAGAGAAAGCGACUAUAAGAGAUGCUUUCUUCGAUAAUACGUUUUUUUUUCACAACACGUAAAUAAGAUGGCAGCAACAACCGUGAGUAGUUAAAUGUUAAUAACGUUGUGAGAAGCGCGUGUGACAUUUCACCGCUUGAUUCGACGCCGCAGCAGUUUUGUACAAAACAAAACAAAACCAAAAAAAAAAAAAAACGCAAUUAAAAAUUAAAAUUCUAUGAGAUGUUGCAAUUCACAGAGAUUAGGCUUAAAUUCUGUGCGCACGAACGGUUUUCUCGCCACGGCGAGAAACAAAAAAAAAAAAAACCGACAAGUCCAGAGAGCACCUUUGCUGUAUAUGAAGCUACGCGAUGCAAGAAAUUUAUUUUAUCACGGAAUUCACUCAAUGAGGGUCUAUAGACGUAAGAUUAUAAUUGUAUUCUUCGUUAUUCGUCGUUGUACUUGUCAAACACGAAAAGGUAUGUAAUAUGUACGAGUUCCUAAAAGACAAAAAGAAAAAAAAAAAAAAGAAAAAGAAAAAG